AUGCCGUCCCAAGAAAGGGACGCUUCUUCCCGCGAUCGGGAACUGGUCCGGCUUCCAGGCAUUCACACCGAGUCCAGCCGACUUUCUGUUCCAAUGUGGGACAGCUCAGAUCCCGAGCGUGCGCCUCCGCCGCUGCCAUUGAACCCUCGCUCCAUGAGCCCUGCGACCAGAUCCAAUGUGUCGCCCGGUAUCCAGGCUGUUGCAGCCAAGUUCGCAGACAAGUCGAGCGAUACUACUCUCAGCACCUACACAAUCAACCCGAUGCCCAACAAAUCUUCAUCCCCAGAGCGGUCACUCGUCAAAGGCUAUCACAAGCGCAUGCAGUCGCUACAGCCUUCAGACACCAAGGCUGACGCUCGAUCUGAAUUCCUCAAUUACCUCGAGAAUCGGUCUCCAGAGCGACCUCUUCGUGCUACCAUUGUCGACCCGACGGCCAAAUCGCAAGACACGAGCAAGACCUCCGAUCCUUCCAGACCAAAAACCGCAGACCGAGAACUUCCCAGCUUCUUGUCGAAUCGCUACCUUUCAAAACCUAUUCUUGGAGAAAGUACUCCUCCCUCCGCAACCAUGUUGGCUAUUCAGAACAUGCAACUUCCGGCCGAAUCCGACCCUCCCUCACCCUCGAAACCUCCUAAGAUGAUCACCGACCGUCCCGCGGCAGAGCCUCAAGGACAUACCAUGGAUACGCUUGCAUCGCAAAUUUGCAGCUUGACUGAUAUUGCUAGCAACUUGCAGCGUGAGAUGGCCAAUCUGAGCCGCCGAAGCAAGGACAACGCCACCGAUCUUAUCAGUCUAAAAGCAGCAACCAAUGCGCGCGAUGAAGAUAUUCGGAAGAGUUUGAAAGAUCUCUCGUCCAAUCUGACGAGUAGAAUGCUGGAUGGUGAUCUUACAAGGUUAGAUCUCAGUGCGCUGUUGAAGCCUGGAGACGCCCCUAACCACAGUGAGCCGGAUAGUUCUCCCACCUCCAAGAGAAGCUACUCUGUCCCUCGAAUGCCGAGCCCUAAUCCUUUUGCUUUCGAUCGUGAUAUUGGCGGUUCACCCGCACCAAUCAGCGACGGUUCAGCCAGUAUUGCUCUACUCGAAAAAGUGCUACGCGAAAUGGCUACAAAGGAAGGUGAGGAACGGCUAUUGGAACUCGUCGAUGAGAUCAAAUCGCGUCCAGCUACGACCGCUUCGCACAAGGAUGCCGAUGCCAAGAUUACAAAAAUGCUCGAAGAGAUUCUCAACCUCGCCAAACAAGAUCCUUCCAAUAACGCUUUGGUGCGCUCCUUGAAACCUCGUGAACCCGCUCUAGCGAAUGACUCCAAUGUCGAAGCUGCGAGAUCCGCCUCGGCGGGAUCUAUCAUGGACCCAACUGCCGCUGUACGGGCCCUCGACGUGCCGAAGGGCGACAGGACUAUCGCUGGCAAUGAGAACAUGCUGGCCCUGCUCCAGAGCGUCAAAAACAGCGUCAUGGAGAGCGGUGGUAUGACCAACAGCGUCAAGGCUCUGGUCCGAGAGUUGCGAGGCGAGGUUCUGGGUAUGGGUCGCGAUAUAGCACGCAAGUUGGAGGCUAUCGAGGAGAACGACAAGUCCCAAGAGCAGCCACAAACUGCGACACCCGAAGAGAUCGCAGCCGUGGUCAACGACAGUCUUCACGACCUUCGAGAUCAACUGGCUGCUACAAUCAACGAAAGCCGACAGCACUCCACCGACUUGACCCAGAUUCGCGCAGCCAUGAACAGCGCAGAGAUUUACGCUGCAGUGAAGAAGGCCCUCGACGAGUUUGAGAUCCCUCAGCCUCAGCAUGCCGAGCCCCAUGGUCCAGUCAUGGAGAAGGAGGAUAUUUUGGAGACAGUUCGCGAGGCAUGGGAGACCUACAAGCCAGAGAUCGAACUCCAGAACUUUGGUCUUGAACGUGAUGAGAUCCUCGACUGUCUAUCAGAAGGUCUCAGGGACUAUCAGCCAAAGCACGAACAGUCUGUUACCUACGAGCAGGUUCUGGCUGCCGUCCAAACGGGCCUUCAGAACUUUGUGCCUCCUCCAGUCGACCACCCGCCGAUGAUUACUAGAGAUGAAAUCAUUCUCACCAUCCGCGAGUGCCUCGAGAAGCCUGAGCCCACGUCCAGAUCCCUGGACGAGGAGCAUGUUCAGCAUCUUAGUUCUAUGCGCGAAGAGCUUCUCCAGGCAAUUGCAGAGCGUGCUGUUCCCGAGACAUCGAGAGGCCUAGACGAGGAGGAUAUUCAACACCUCCACUCCAUACGCGCAGACAUUCUCCAUGCGAUUGCAGAGCAUGCGACUCCCGAGACUUCUUCCAGGAGCUUGGAUGAAGAGCAUAUGCACCAUCUCCACUCCAUUCGUGACGAGAUCAUUCAUGCUAUCUCAGAGCGCGUUGCCCCCGAUCACUCUUUGAGGGGUCUGAACGAGGAGCACGUUCACCAUCUCAAUGAAAUUCGUGACGAAAUUCUUAAUGCUCUUACUGGAUCAAUGGCUACACAGAGCAUGCUCAGCAGGGGUUCCUACGACUCUGGCCUUGGUCGGGAUGAGAUUGUCAGCGCUGUGUCCGAUGGUUUGGAGGCGCACUUUACGACCGCAAAGGGGAUGGAAGAGCCACGUAUCUCUCGCGCGGACGUUGUGAACGCUGUGAACGAUGCAUUUAGCACACAGCACAUGGCUCUGAGUAUCGGGACCACCUCACCCAUCUCCCGUGAGGAAAUCAUGGCAGCUAUUGCCGACGGCAUUGAGAUGUCACAGAAACCCCAAGAGGCCAGCAUCUCACGUGAAGAGAUCAUGGCAGCCAUCGCCGACGGUAUUGAAAUGUCACAGCAGUCCGAGAAGUCGGCUCUCAUCCCCAGUGUCCAGCCAUCCCUCUCCCGAGAGGAGAUUGUAGAGGCUGUCUCCGAAGCGCUCGAGAAGUCUCAAGAGUCCCAAAAGUCCGCCCUCAGCACCGCGGUGCAGCAGCCAAGUAUCACUCGUGAAGAAUUGUUCAACGCUGUGGUUGAUGGUAUCGAAAGUGCCAACACUAUGACUCGCGAGAUCGAACUCAACAAGGAUGAUCUCAUGGAGGCCAUCAGCGCUGGUCUCCAAGAUGCAAGCAGUUCUGUCAAUCUGAACGUUGGUGACCAAGUCAUGACUCGCCUUCAGGACGUCGUUGAUGGCAUGAAGGAAGAAUUCAAGCAGUACUCCGCCGCCAAUGGCCGGGACACUGAACAGGUACUUGACGCUAUCAAGGAUGGCCUUGAAGUUGUUCGACGAGAGAUCGAGUCCUAUGUUGCCACGGUGUCUGAAGUUUCAGGAAAACAUGAAAUCAUCGACACUGUCAAGGAAGGAUUCCGCUUGCUCCAAGCUGACAUGGAGAAAACCAUCAAUGAUGCCUCUCUGGGCAAUGCCUCCCGUGGAAACCCUGAUACCACAGAACUUCUGGAUGCCAUGGAGAAGGAGUUUCAGCACUUGCGUGGAACAAUCAGCACUCUUCUUGUCCGCGAUAAUGCGACCAGUGACAAGGAUGAGAUCCUGGAUGCUAUCCGAGAUGUUUCCGAACAGCAAAAGACCAAGAGCAAAGAUGAGGAAGUUCUCACCACCAUCCGAGUCGAGUUUGAGAACUUGCGCGAGCGCAUGGACAUGAGUGUUGUUCGUGCCGAGCCCGGAGCUGACAAGGACGAGAUUAUUGCCGCACUUCGGGAGCACUUCGACAACCUCCGUGAGGAAACCAUGUCCAGGAAAGAUGGUGCUGAAAGCACAUUCUCUGCUACCAGCGAGCUGCUCGAUGCAUUCCACGAUAACAUGGAUGCUAUCCGUGACGAUCUGAAGAAGCUCAUGGACAAGCCCACUGACUUUGACACCUCCGAGAUCCUGGACACCAUCAAAGACGGCCUUGCGGACCUGAAGCUUGACAUGGAUUCCAUUCGCCAGUCUCAGAAGGAGAUGGAUGAUGCCGAGACCACUCGGGGUGGCGAGCUAAUGCUUGCCAAAGAGGCUGCUUUCGGCAACGAUAUCGACAGUUUGAAGACUUUAAUCGCCGAGCUUCAGACCAAGGUAGAGUCUAUCGAUUCUACCCCUCGCGCUGCUGAGCCAGACGAAGAUGCCCUCAAGCGAAGCCAUCUCGAUGAGGUCCUAAUGGCUGUCCAGGAGGUUCAGGUUGCCAUGGGCGCUCUAGGCGACAUGGGUGCCAGCCGGGAGUUGCAUGAAUCCGCAGCUCGCAAGGAGGAUACCGAUGCCAUCCAGGAAAUCCUUAUGAGCACCAAGGCCCAGAUUGAUGACAUUGUCUUCCCCUCUCCGGACGAGAUCGCCACAUCGCAGCAUAUCUCUACCCUUGAGACGAUGAUCCGCGAAGCCAAGGACAAUAUCGCCGAUCUUUCGACUCGCUUCGACGCUGAUGCCCCUACCAAGGCUGAGAUUGGUGCUCUAGAAGGCCUCAUCAAGGACGUCUGGAUUGCCCUAGAUGAAUUGAAGAGCAAGACCAAAGAAGGCGAGGAGGCCGACGUGGAGGCUGAUACCGAUAAACUUAUGAAGUCUGACCUCCAGACUGUAGAGGCCAUGAUCUUCGAAGUCAAGACUCAAGUAGAUGAGCUGAAGCUACCUGAUGUGGAAACACUCCCGACCAAGGAGGAUAUCCAGGAGCUGUCUGCGCUCGUUACCGACUUCCGCGAGAAAAUGGAAGCCAACAACGAGAUGACUGCUCAAGGUUUCGAGGCCCGCAAGGUCGAGCACGGUGGUCUUGCCGAGAAGAUCGAGGAAGCCAAAUUCGUCGUUGGUGAACUGGGUGACGAGCUUAAGAGCAAGCUAGAUGGUAGUGCCGAGGGGCUGACCGAGCUCAAGACCCUCCUGGAGGGCCUUGCAAUCACUGCCGAGAACUUCAGCACUGUUGAGAACAUCAAAGAGCUGAAUGAUCUCAUUAACCGAGAAUUCGAACGUGCUCGCGGCGAAGAAGAUGCCGGCAAGCUUGACAAGGAGGAGCGCGAUGCCGCCGCCAUGGUCAAGCACGACGAGACACGCGCUGCCAUCAUCGUCGAGCUUAGUGCCAAGAUUGACGAGAAGAUUGGGGAGGUCAUGGCAAAGUAUGAAGAUGCACAUGCUUCUUUCCAUUCCAAGUUCUCGGAGUGCGAAGAGCGUGAUAUGGCGCAUUCAGAGGCCGUUACCAGCACCAAGGGUCUUGCCGAGGAAAUCAAGCUUGUCAUUGGUGCAAUGGGGACUAGUGUAAAUGAGACCUAUGAGCGCAUUGGUGUUGACACAAAGACUCUCUUUGAGAAGGUCGAUGAGUCUUACAACCGCAUGGAGGAGAUGCAGAAUGAGGUCAAGACACAGCAAGAGCAGUCUCGAGGUGAGACCGAGCGGGCAGCCGCUGCUACUGAGCGAGUCGAGAGCAAGCUUCUUGAGUUUCACCCCCAGAUUCUGGAGACAGUCCAGCAGAUUCUGGAUGUUGUUAACCAGCACUACGAUCACUCUCAAAAGUCUAGCGAGGAGGUCAAGUCGGAGCUGUCUGCCCUCCCAAGUGCCAUCCCAACUAUGCUGCCUGCCUUGCCUCCGCCUGAGUCGUCUCGGGACCUCGAUGAUGAUCCCGUUCACACCAAGCUUAACGACCUCUUGGAGCAUGCUAAGAACAACCAAGUCCAAGAGGUCCUUACUACGCUUUUGGAUCAUUCGAAGAACGACCAACUUCAUAAUAAGCUUGAUCGUCUGCUAGACCGAGGCUCCGGCAACGAAGAAAUCUAUGAGAAGCUCAACCAAAUCUUUGACCACGCCUCUAGUGGGAGUGACUCUGUUCAUGAGAAACUGGAUGCCCUGCUCGAACGCCCCGCAUCGGAGCCAGAGCAUUCUGUCACUCAGAUGAUGAAGCUUGACGAGAUGCACAAGGACAUAAUGGAGAACGCCCGCCGGAUGAACGAGAUGUUUGCCGCUCAGUCCGCCAUUGUUGCCGAGGACACUGAGCGCAAGCGUCGUGAAGCCGAGGAUGCUGCCAUUGCAUUGGAGCGCCGGAUCGCCCAGCGUGAGCAGGUUGAAGCCGAAAUUGUCGGACUCCAUGAGGAAAAGGACUCACUCCUGAAGAUGAUCCACUCUCUCAAGACUGAGAAGGAUGAACUUGUCAAGCAGAACACCAAGCUUAGCAAGGAGGUCUCCGGUCUCGAGACUGCCCUGGAAAUUCGUUAUGAGGAGAUGCAACAGAUGGAGGAGCGUGCCGAUGGCCUUGAGAAGCGCAUCCUGGAGGGCGUUCUCGACCAUGCCCGCUCGGUCUUGCUCAGCCGUUCUGGUAGCAUAAGCGCCAUGAACCUGAAGCGCAACCGCAGCACACGGUCUUCCCGAACUCGUGCCCGCAGUCCCAGUGUAAUGAGCACCACCAGCACUGCCCGCGAUUCCAAGGAUGCCCGCAGCCUUCUCGGGAAUGGAGUUGGCAUGGCUCUGAAGCGCCGAAUGCCCACAAGCCUCCAAGGCGGGCCUACCCCAAUUCAGCCAAACAUUGGCAAGGAGCGCCGCAUUCUCAGCUUGAGCCAUGUGACGGGCAAUCGAAUCGCCGAUCGCCAGGUCAGCGCGAACAGCGGCAUUUUCAGUCUGAAGCGCAGCCACUCGGUCAAGUCCAACUUUGCCCUUCGGAAAACCUCCUUGCCUAGCCGAACCUCUAUGGCCAACAAGGAAAAUGAGGCUUUCCACGAGGAGGACGAGCCCGAGAGUGAGGUAGACAGCACUGCUGGUACAGAGCGCCGGUCGAGCUAUGCCCCCACCGAUCGCAAGACAUCGUACGCCGAAACUUGCACCGACAGUAUGUGCAGCGGUGUCGCUGAGAGCGUGGUGUCAACAGAUCGACGAACCAGUGGCAUGAGCACCGGCACCGUUGACAUGAGCACUGUUAGUGGACACGAGGAUGCCGCCACCAGCUCUACCACCGAUGACGACCAGAGCUAUGUAUCUGGCAGGGAGUCAGAAUCAGAUGACGACGACGCCAUGACUGCCCGGGAGGACGAUGAUGAAAAUGACGAGGAGGCAAAAGACCCCGAGACGGAGGAUGAAUAUGAAGCACGGGAUGAUGCCAACCGACCAAUUUCGGAUAAUGCUUCUGUCAUGGAGGCUGAAGUCUUGAAGAUGCUUGAACCAGCUGGUGACAGUGCACUUGGUACCGAGUCAGCUAUCAGUGCUGCGUGA